AUGGCUUCGAAGGGGGAAUCGUUCUUCCUCAGGACACUGCUGCUCCUCGUCGCUCUCGGAUCCUCCCAAGGUUCCCACCUCCCCCCCGCUCUCCUGUUCAUCGCUGCAGCACGAUGCCAAGAGCAGAUGCAUUACUGUCGAAUCUUCUUCUUCUUCCUCUUCUCACCCUGUGUGUGGGGAAAUCCGCAGGGAAGGAGUUCGAUGGGUACAGGGAGGCGAGCACCUUCCCAUCGACGGCGCCGGCGAAGGGGUACGACUACAUCAUCGUGGGCGGCGGAACGGCGGGAUGCCCGCUGGCGGCGACCCUCUCGCAGAACUUCUCCGUCCUGGUGCUUGAGCGUGGGGGAGCUCCAUACGGCAAUGUCAACGUCUCCUACAUGCAGAACUUCCACAUCUCCCUCGCCGACACCUCGCCGUACUCCGCUUCCCAGGCAUUUGUCUCCACUGACGGCGUCAUCAAUGCCCGCGCCCGCGUCCUCGGCGGCGGCACCUGCAUCAACGCUGGUUUCUACACCCGCGCCAACGCAAGGUCCGACGUUUUGACCUUUCUUUGUGGGACUCUUGAAUCUGUGAAUCUCGUGUUUGCCCUAAUGUUGACCUCGUUGGUCCCUGCAGGUUCUUGGCCCAGGCGGGCUGGGACGCUGAACUGGUUAACGAGUCCUAUCCAUGGGUCGAGAAGCAGAUCGUCCGGUGGCCGGCGUUGGUGGCGUGGCAGCGAGCGCUGAGGGACGGACUCCUGGAAGCCGGCAUAUCUCCGUUCAAUGGGUACACCUACGAUCACCUGUACGGUACCAAGGUCGGCGGCACCAUCUUCAAUAAGGACGGGUACCGCCACACCGCCGCCGACCUGCUCUCCUCCGGCAACCGCCGUAAUCUUCAUGUCCUAGUCCACGCCACCGUCCAUCGAAUCGUCUUCGACCGAAGUGGUCAGUUUCUCUCUCUCCCUCUCACUCUCUCCUCUCUCCUUUCUUUUCUCUGAUUCCCUUUUAUGGGAUGCAUACAGGGCGGCGACCAAGGGCGGUGGGCGUCGUCUUCUACGAUGAGCACGGAGUUCGCCACCGCGCUUUCCUUAAGAAGAGGAAGAACAGCGAGGUGAUACUGUCGGCGGGUGCCAUUGGGAGCCCGCAGAUGCUGCUUCUGAGCGGCAUCGGGCCCAAGUCUCACCUGAGGAAGAUGAACAUCUCGGUGGUAUUGCACAACAAGUUCGUCGGCAAGGGCAUGUCCGACAACCCCAUGAACACCAUCUUCAUCCCCAGCAAGAAGCCCGUCGAGCAGUCCCUCAUUCAGACCGUGGGCAUCACCAAAGGCGGUUCCUUCAUCGAGGCCAGCAGCGGCUUCGGCCAGUCCCCUGACAGUAUCAAGCGCCACCACGGCAUCAUGUCCGCAGAGGUCAACGCCGCCACCACCGCCACCAUCGCCACCAACCUUUCUCUUCUGUUCUCUCUCUCUCUCUCUCUCUCUCUCUCUCUCUCUCUCUCUCUCUCUCACGACCUAUCUUCCUCACUGUGGGUGAAAAAUGGCAGAUUGGGCAGCUCUCCACCCUCCCGCCGAAGCAGAGAACGAGAGAGGCCAUUCAGGCGUUCAUCAAAGGAAAGAAGGACCUCCCACGAGAGGCCUUCCAAGGGGGGUUCCUGCUGGAGAAGAUCGUGGGGCCGCUCUCCAGGGGGCACCUGGCGCUGGUCAACGUUGACCCCAGCAGCAACCCCGCCGUCACCUUCAACUACUUCAGCCACCCCGAGGACCUGCGUCGCUGCGUCUACGGCGUCCGCACCAUGGCAAAGAUCGCCCGCACGAAGCACUACGCUGACCUCGCCGUCGACAAGUUCACCAUGGAGAUGCUCCUCAACAUGACGGUCAAAGCCAACGUCAACCUCAUCCCCAAGCACGUCAACGACACCUCCUCGCUGGAGCAGUUCUGCAGGGACACCGUCAUCACCAUCUGGCACUACCACGGCGGCUGCCAUGUUGGCCAGGUCGUUGACUCUGCCCACCGGGUUCUAGGGGUCAGCCGCCUCCGCGUCGUUGACGGCUCCACCUUCGCCACCUCUCCCGGCACAAAUCCGCAGGGCACCGUCAUGAUGAUGGGCAGGUAACCUUCCGCCGUCGUCCCGCUUCUUUCAUCUUCACCCAUAGGAGAAGCCCUUCCCUCCCUUGGCGCUGACUUUUGCUUCUACCGUCGUUAUCUUACUUCCAGAUACAUGGGCGUGAAGCUGCUGAGGAAGAGACUUGGGAGAGGCGCCAUGGUCUGA